UGCCUUAAUCACUCACGGCUGGCGCUCUGCCACUGGCAGUUCUCAAAGGGCUGCGCUCCGGCAGCCAAGGACUCAGUCUGUCCUGAAGAUCAGGCUACGAGCGCAACAUGCUGGAGGAGGCUCCUGUCUAGUCACUGGGCAUUAGCUGGAAGAGGCAGGGUGGUGAACAGACUGGCACAAGCUCUAGAUGAUCCACUUGUGUGUGGAGAGCUGGCACUCCAGGACCAUGGCUUAUUCAUAACGGAGGAACAAGCUGGGAUCAAGAGGGUCACCAAUGAGCAGAAGCAGCAGAUCUUCCUAAAGGAUUAUAAUCAUGAGCCGUAAACUUAAAAGAGCCAGUAUAAUGUCUAGCUGGCAAAAAACCAUCGCACUGCUGGUCCCAUGGAGAAAAGGGAAAGUGGAGAAGCUGCCGGACAGUGAUGUGGUGCUGACCAAGAUGAAACUGCUUACUGGUAACCUGCAUCUGAAGAGCCGAAGUGCUGACAAGUCUACACCAGCAGGCCCAGAGACAGAGUCAGAGUCAGAGCAGCAGCUGCAGCAGCAGCAGCCCAAACCCGACUGCUGCCACCUCAGAAGCAAUGAGUCGCUCUGCAGGCUGCCUGGACUUUUCAAGUUUGAGUCCGAGGACUCGGGGGUUGAACUGCCAAGUGGAGCUAACUCGCCAUCGACGCCCACGGGCUCUGAGCAGAGCUUUAUCAUUCACACGAGGGACUCCUCCUGCGACUCUGGGGCUCUGACCACCUCCGCCACCUUUGUGCCAGUCACAGACGAGGAGUUUUCCUUGAGCAAAUCUCCUGAAAUAGUGGAAUCAGAACAGCUUAAGAGUACGGACCUUGAAGACGGGCAAUGUAAAGCUGGCACCGAUGUCAGCCCACAGGAGGCAGGAGAGGAUACGGAUCUGGAUAGGAAUCACGCUGGCAAGACAGAGAAGCAGGUACUGCUGCCAGCUUUUGAUGACAUGACAGAGGUGGACUUUCAAGAGCAGCCGCUUCAGAAGUUUCCAACAAGUGACAGCCUGGAUGAAUACAUGGAUGAGUGCUGCCGACUGAGCGAGGUGAACCAGGGGAAGGUGAAGGAAGUGAACGCUGGUCUGGGCUACCUGGAGCACAUCUGUCGACUCAUCGAGAAGAUCGCGCAGCUUCAGGAGCACAACCUUCGUCUGCAAAAACAAAACUGCAGCUUGCAGAAGGAGGGCAAUAUGAAGACUGCCAAGGAGGAGUACUUCAUGCAGCACUGCAAGUGUGGGGCUGCCGGCCUGGCAUACACUGAAUCCAAGUGGCAGCUGGCACAGCGGAGUGAGAGCACCCCCUCGGACCUCUCCACAAUUCCUGAAGUUACCAGAAGGAGGAAAGGAACUAAUGAAUACGGAGAGCAGGGAAGUGGUCUUCUACCUCCCCUCCUCAGGAAGAGUUUGAACCGCCGAAGCUGCGUGGAGGGCACUGGGCGAUUCCUUGGGGACAGCAUGGAAGGCCUGGCUUCCUCUUUUCAGCCUCAGAUGCUGAGACGGAUUGAAAACCACCCAUGGGGAAAAGUGAAGGACCUGGUGAAGAAGACACGUCUGAGAAACCAGAGCCGUCUCGGUCUGUCAUCCAGCGCACUAAAAAGUUCAUGCCCACAACUAUACAGACCAGAUUUAGGAUCAUAUGACCUUCCAAAAAGGGACAGGAAUUCCAUGAUUGCACUGGGGCACAAUGUGAGACAGGAGUACCUUUGGCCCCACUAACGUCAGCUGAUAAAAUGAAGAGUUCUUGGUGAGGAAGAGGACAUUACAUGAGCUGCUGAUAUGAAAUACAAGGCAGGAAGUCCAAAGUGGUGUUGAAACAAAAGACAAGGAAUGACAAGGG